AUGUUUGGUUGCAAAUACUGCAAAGGCCGACCACUUCGCAAAAAUUCAACGUUCGUGAAAUUCGCAAAAUCAAAAAAUCUCAAACACGAAUCGGAUGAUAUCAAUCAUUUUGAGUCAGGCAUCUGGUUGAGUCGAUAUUUUCAAUAUGGAAACUGGCAUGGACCUUAUCAAUUGACACUCUCGUUUGAUCCUCAAUCGAUGAUAAUAACAGGUUCAGGAUCGGAUGAUGUUGGUAGCUUUACUAUUCAUGGUACUUAUUCAAUUGAAACACGUCGAAUGGGCCUCAAAAAAACAUAUGAACAAGGUACUGGUAAUGGAUCAGAAAAUUUAGGCCAUCAGGUAAUUAUUCAACUGACGUUGAAUGCACAAAAUGAUGUGUUUGAUGGCAAGUGGUAUGUUCAAACAAGUAAAUAUCAUGGCGAAGAUAAGUUUGAACUUCAAUUUCAUAGAGGACAAGAACUUUCAACAUAUGAGAAAGUAUAA